GAUCAGGCGGCUGGUGUUUGCCUCGACAGAAGCAAGCACUGCCUCUUCCAGAUCGGCCUCCCUCUCCCUCUUUGUGGCUCUUGCUCGCCUUUCUUUCUCGUCUCCUUUUUUCAGUCGUGUGCUUAUCAACGACGGUUGUCGCCCUUCCUGCGACAACAACGACGACUGGUCUCCUUCCUACCCUCUCCGGGCGACGAGCACAGCCGACUAUGUGUUCGUUGUGCGAGCACUACGAUAGCAACUACUGUUGUGCAUUGCCCGCCAGUACUUUUCCUAUCCGUGUCGCUCAGAGGAUAGCGUAAUCUUCUCUUCUUCCUCUUGAUCACUAUAUUUGAGGGUUUCCUCGACUCUGUAGCGACAGCGCGUCUUCGUCCCUUCUUGCACGUGACAGAAUUGUGGAGAGCUCUUUAGUAAUGAUUAUUUCCAGCAAAAUCUUCCAGAAGACCCACUAUGAAGUACUGUCAAUCAAAGAAGAUGCGAGUUAUGAAGAGAUCAGAGUAAGCUAUAAAUCUGCCAUUCUGAAUUCUCAUCCUGAUAAGGUGUACAACAAAUCGGAUUCAAGUAGGAAUUAUCAAGAGCCAAAGCAAGAAUUCCUAGAUGUGCAGAAGGCCUGGGAGGUGCUUUCAGAUGUUAAGUUGAAGGCAAUCUAUGACAAGGAGUUGCAAGCUUCAAGAGAGAUUCUGGAGCUUCCAGCCAAUGAAAUUGAAUUAGGGGAUAUGACUCUUGAGAAUGAUGGUGAUUCUCAGCAACUCCUCUAUGAAUGUAGAUGUGGUGAUUAUUUUUUGAUCACCUCAUUGGACCUCAAAGAAAUGGGUAUUUUAUUGGAUGCAGUGACAUUACAAUUACAUUCAUCUAUCAAUUCAGCACCCAUUUCAGUGCUUAUUCCAUGUAGCUCAUGUUCACUUAGAGUUCGCUUGAUCAUAGAUCACUUUUCUUGAAUUCUUGGUUCCAUGCCAUUAGUACCUUUUGCUGUGUAGUUUCAAUGUAAUGUUUUGUGUGGAUGGUUAGAUAUCAAGUGUGGUGAUUAUGCUAUCCCUACGUGUUUAAAUAUA